UCUCAGUCGCGACAUGAUUAGAUAUUUUCUCUGUCAGUCUUCAUGUCCCUGUAAAGCGUGGUUGCUAAUAUAGAAAAGCGACUUCUAAAUGUAAACCGUCAGCACCCAGUUGUAUUACUGCAAGAAAGUAUAUAUCUGUCUUAGCUUGACGGUAGCUUCGGGCGGUGUUGUACAAGUGUUGUACCUCCACAAACCAUUGAGUUGAGCUGUCAUUGCUUGUCUCUCCUUGCAACUACAGAUUUACAUCUACAGUACUGACAAAACGAAGAGAAAUGUCCCAGAUAGCAGAUCAGCUCAGGGACAAACUGACUAAGGAGCUCAAGGCAGUGCAUGUGGAAGUGGAGGACACCUCGGCCAACAGAUGUGCUGCCAGCUUCAAAGCGCUCGUUGUAUCUCCCCAGUUUGAGGGCAAGCCUCUACUACAGAGACACAGGAUGGUGAAUACAUGUCUUGCCGAGGAGCUGAAAGAAAUCCACGCGUUCGAACAGAAGACCCUCACACCAGAGCAGUGGGAGAAGCAGAAAUCCCAGUGACGCAACACGAAUGAGACAACAAGUCUUCAUACGUCAGAAAAGUGCAGUCCACGUUCCACAGAUCUUAUUAUCCCACGCUUUUUGUCGUCUGGACUAUGUUGUCAAAGUGUUCUGCAGAAAAUAAAGGCUUUGAUGAAUUU